AUGGCCUGUAGACGCAGUUCCGUACUCCAGGAAUUACUGUGCACCAUGCGUAUGAACACCCUUGCUCGCGUUCCCGCCGGCUGUAUUCCAGCUUGUUGGUCUCCACCUACGCAUCCCUGUGCGGAAUACUCUCCACGCCUGUUGUCGGGCUCGCAGAACUUGGCCAGUUCUCAAAAUCUCCGCGCGGUUUCCUCUGUAGGUCCCCAGCUUGCUCCUGUGGUGUUAGCGCCUCCCCAGUGCCCUCUGGUUUCUGCCUAUCAAUCUUUUUCUGCUUGUGGCGGUCUGCGUGCAUCGUCCGCACUCGGUGAUGCUCGGCGGCAUUUCUAUUCGCGAUUCAAGCGACCGCUGCCGUUUGCAGGAAAAGAAGCCAGCCCUGCGACUUCUUCUCAGCAUCCCAGUCAGCCGACCGGCCUGCAUGGCUCCCCCCGCCAACCCGGGGAUCCUCAGUCGCGGCCAUCAGCCGGCGCCGCAGACGGCUCCAUGAGGGCCCAGACACAAACGCAUCUUCGAAGAGGCACAUCGGCUUCCACUGCGAACACUGUGGCGACUAGCCGCGGCCAGGAUUCGCACACGGGAAAGCACAUCGGUCCGUCGUUCGCCCAGCAGUUCCUGAAUGACAAAACGCUGGCGCAAGACAUGCUCCAGUUCACGAAAGUCUCGGAGAAAGGCACUGCAGACGCACUGUUUGCCGAGUGCCUGGACAGCAUCCGGCACCGGCGUUUCGAGCUGGACCCUGAUGUUGACAACAGGUCGAGUGAGGCUGUUGAGAAACUAACACAGGAAGAGAGAGCGAUCGCCACCAUGAUUUUCCAAAGAGUCGACCCCGAAAGGAAGAUUGCGCCGAGGCUCGAAACUCGCGGUCACUACAUAGACCCACUUUGGGAUCCGUUCAAGCGUGUUGAGGAGCUGCAGCAGCAGGUUGCGCAUGACCUCACAGAAUUUGCAAAGCUAGUCGGAGCUGCAGAGGCACGGAGACAGAGGCUACUUGUACGGGCCUCUUUGCGGAGGCAGUAUCGCAUGCACGACCCUCUGAGCGAGGGCCAUCGCCGGUUCUUUGGCGCGCAGAGAGCAGACCCUUUUCCCACGCCUCACCGAGUUCAUGAGAGGUUUUGGGAUCCGUCGCCAGAAAUGCGUGUUGCCUUGAAAAACAACAACGUGCCCAUUAGCUGGCGAGACCUCCACAUACUUCACCAUUUUGUUGGAGAAAAUGGCCUCAUUCUUCCUCGGCGGACAACGCAUGCAUCAAGAUAUCAACAACGUUGCAUUUUCAAGGCAAUCUGCAUGGCCAGGAGGAUGGCGCUUUUCCCCUAUGACUGGAAACCCACUCAGGGGGAACUCAUGCCCGUCAUGGAUCCUCUGCAGUACCUUGUGGACGAGCUUACGUCACGGUAUAAGGCCACGGGUGACCUGCGUGCGGACGCGAUGCUGUGCGUGAUGCUCGCGAAAUACCCCAAGCUCAACUAUUUCAGAUACCUGCAGUACAAAGCUCGAUCACAGAAAGCCGAGCAGGAAGCUUCACAACAACAAGAGGAAGAAGAUCGAGGCGACUUCUCCAGGUUGCUGCGGAAGUAUAAACGGGCGGGAACCCCUCAGGACUCGCGAUACCGACUAGCGCCAGCUUCUUGA